AUGACCGUCAUUGCCAAUCUGCCGUCCACUAUGAAGGCGGGCCAGUGGGACGUGGACCAACAGAAGGUUGUCGUCAACAAUGUCCCUGUCCCACAGCCUGGCCCCAACGAGUUCCUUGUCAAGAUGCGGUCUGCGUCCCUCUGUCACAGUGAUAUGAUGGCUAUCAAUGACAAUAAGGAGACUGUAACUCUUGGUCACGAGGGCCUUGGGCACAUUGUUUCAAUGCAUCCGUCAUCAGAAGGCAAGGGGUUUCAAGUUGGCGAUGCCGUUGGUUUCCUCUACAUCUUGGGCUGUUGCUUUGAGUGCAGCGGCUGUAUGAUCCACAACCUCUUCUGCGAAACCGGCAAACAGAAGCUCCAAGGUUUCACAACCGACGGCUUCUUCUCCGAGUAUGCCAUCGUUGAUUACCACAACGCCGCCAAGUUGAACGAGAAACUGUGGAACAUGGACUCCGGCUGUGCCAUCUUCUGCGCUGGCAUCACAGCGUACCAUUCCAUCGAUAGCUGCGAACUCCAACCUGGAGAUUGGUUCGGAGUCGUCGGGUGCGGCGGACUCGGACAGAUUGCAACCCAGUAUGCCAAGGCUAUGGGUUUGCGUGUCAUUGGUGUUGACAUUCAAGAUGGGAACCUCGAGGAGACUCGGAAACAAGGCGCGGAUGCUGUCUUCAACUCAAAGGACAACCCAAACUAUGUUGAGGAGAUCCAGAAGCUUACAGGGGGAGGAUGUAGCGCCGUGGCGGUGUAUACCAACAGCCAUCGUGCCUAUCAGGCAGUGCCAUCGAUAAUCAAGUUGGGGGGAACUUUGAUGGUCAUCGGUAUUCCCAAGGAGCAACUCAGCGUCAGUUACAUGGAUAUUGUGAUGGGGCGAUUCAGGAUCAAGUCGGACAACACGAGCAUUCCACAGAGAAUGGGCAAGGCGGUCGAAUUCACAGAGAAGCACGGAAUUAUGCCUGUGGUAGAUGUACGAGGCGGGCUUGAGGCCCUCCCAGAGAUGGUCAAGGAGAUGCAGGAGGGCAGGAAUCGCACUCGCACCGGUGUGGUGUUCUCGUAA